GGUGAAGUUAUAAAUUGAGAGAAACUCCAAAGACCCGAGAGAUUGACCAGCCUUAGCUUCUACUCGAACAUUCAAACUUUAAGUAAGAGUAGAACUACUGAGAAGAGAAAGAGGUUGAAGCCGACGCGAACAGCUUGAAUCACUUGAACUCUAGUCUGAACAGAUGCUGCAGCCGAAUAGGGGCUAUGCUAUCCUGUCUGCAGCAGUCCUGCAUUCCCACCUCCCCCUCUCGGCCUCCCCUUUUCCUGGCAUUUCCCCCUAUUUUCCAUGUUUCAUUGAAGGCUUUCGACCGCAAGCAACCCCCACCCCCGCUGGUUAUUUUAUUCUUUUCUUUGAUGAAUCUUGAAGUAGAUUUUUGACAUUGGGUGCCUGACUAUUCUUGAAGAUGUCUGUUGCCGGAUUGACUUGUAAUUCAUCUACAUUUUGUUUUCACCUACCUAGACAAGACACAAGGGCACCAUGUGGGCAGGUUUCACUUUAUCCUUAUAAAAGGAAGUUUAAGGAACAAAUGAAAUUUUUGCUACACUUGGACAGAAAUUCUUGCUCUGGCUCCAUGUGGAAAUAUAAGUUGCAACAAACUCUUAAGAUCAAGAGUGCAAUGGAUGCUUCUUUUGGUGACAUGGCUGAUGAUUCUGCCGUCUUUCCCAGAAUCAACAUUAAGGAUCCAUACAAACGGCUUGGAAUAAGUAGAGAGGCUUCUGAAGAUGAAAUCCAAGCUGCAAGGAAUUUUCUGAUAAAUAAAUACGCAGGGCACAAGCCUAGUGUUGAUGCAAUUGAAUCGGCUCAUGAUAAGAUAAUCAUGCAGAAGUUUUAUGAAAGAAAGAAUCCAAAAAUUAAUAUCAAGAAAAAGGUUAGGGAAGUAACUCAAUCACGUGUUGUGCAGGCUAUCACAAGCAGGUUCCAAACUCCCUCCACGAAUUUCAUCAUAAAAACAGCCAUUGCAUUUGUUGCACUUGGCGUGCUCACUGUUCUCUUUCCGACGGAAGAUGGACCAACCCUUCAGGUUGCCAUCUCAUUUAUAGCCACCAUAUAUUUCAUAUAUGAUCGACUUAAGAGCCGAAUGCGAGCCGUGCUCUAUGGACUUGGAGCUUUCAUUGUUUCCUGGCUGUUGGGGACCUUCUUGAUGGUGUCUGUGAUUCCUCCUAUACUUCGCGGUCCAAGGAGUUUGGAAGUGACAACCUCUUUGAUAAGCUACGUCCUUCUUUGGGUUUCUUCUACUUAUCUGAAGUAGCAUUGGUUUUGCUACAUCAAUUUUGGCUAAGAUGACUCUGGUGGUUCAUCAGCAUUACAGGUUCUCUUGUACUGGUCGUUUACGUUGUUGAAUCUUUAUUACUAAAUGCAACAUUAGAGCCUUGAGUGCUCGUGUUUGCA